AAGCGGGUGCUCUCACCUCAGGUUGCACGAGGGGGGGUGGUCUCCCGUCUCCAUCGGGACAGAGAGAGAGAGUGUGAGUGUGUGUGUGUGUGCGUGUGUGUGAGAGGGCAUGGCUUCGGGCAGAUAGGAGACACACAUUCUCCUCGCGGCUCAUUCAAUCCCUCAACACCCCCUCUCCAUUCACGAGUGGACGGACCGGCGACCGGAUCCCUGCCGCAGACUAGUGGACUAGCAGAAGGCACACACAGGAACUGUUCCGCAGGGCAGCGCCGAAGACGGGGCAGAGAGGAACUUUCCAAAAAGUUGGCUCGUGCAGAAGAGCCCUUCCCCGCGCAGCCUCCGUGGACUGUCCGUGCGUCUCUCCUCGAAGUUAACGGAGAAUCUUCAGCUUGUUCUCAUCUCCGAGGAGGCAACGGCCACAUUAUCACACUAAUCAACUGCAGCACGCGGACCCGGAGGUUCGGGGAAAGCUUUGUACCUCCAGCAGACAUUGUUGACGUCAGAAACUACCGUUAAGGAGGAGCGCUCCAACCGCGGGUUCUCCUGUGAGACCGGGCGUGCGUGCCAGCAUGGCGCGGAUACCGGCCCCGAACCCCGGCCUGCACGUGAUCAUGGUGGUCGCUCUCAUCGCAAGCGGCUCCCGGCUACGGGUGGAUGCCAACUCCUGGUGGUCUUUGGCCAUGAGUCCGAUCCAGCGACCGGAGAUGUUCAUCAUCGGCGCGCAGCCUCUGUGCAGCCAGCUGACGGGCCUCUCGCCGGGGCAGCGCAAGUUGUGCCAACUGUACCAGGACCACAUGGUCUACAUCGGCGAGGGCGCGAAGACGGGCAUCAAGGAGUGCCAGUUUCAGUUCAGCACGCGCCGCUGGAACUGCACCACCGUCGACAACACCUCCGUGUUCGGCCGCGUCAUGCAGAUCGGGAGUCGAGAGACGGCCUUUACGUACGCGGUCAGUGCGGCGGGCGUGGUGAAUGCGGUGAGUCGGGCGUGCCGAGAGGGCGAGCUGUCCACUUGCGGUUGUAGCCGCGCGGCGCGACCUUCUGACCUCCCGCGUGAUUGGCUGUGGGGCGGCUGUGGCGACAACGUCCACUACGGCUACCGCUUCGCCCGAGAGUUCGUGGACGCGCGCGAACGGGAGAAGAACUUCCCGCGCGGGUCAGUGGACCACGCCCGGACACUGAUGAACCUGCAGAACAACGAGGCUGGACGCCAGGCGGUGUAUAACCUGGCCAACGUGGCGUGUAAGUGCCACGGCGUGUCCGGCUCCUGCAGUCUGAAGACGUGCUGGCUGCAGCUGGCCGACUUCCGCCGCGUGGGCGACUUCCUGAAGGAGAAGUACGACAGCGCCACGGCCAUGCGCGUGGGUCGCCGUGGGAAACUGGAGCAGGUCAACCAGCGCUUCAACCCGCCGACCGCCACCGACCUCGUCUACCUGGACGCCAGCCCCGACUACUGCCUCCGCAACGAGAGCACGGGCUCGCUCGGCACGCACGGCCGGCUCUGCAACAAGACGUCCGAGGGUGUGGACGGCUGCGAGCUCAUGUGCUGUGGCCGCGGCUACGACCAGUUCAAGACCUACCGGCACGAGCGAUGCCACUGCAAGUUCCACUGGUGCUGCUACGUCAAGUGCAAGCGCUGCACCUCACUGGUCGACCAGUUCGUCUGCAAGUAGCCACGGACAGAGAGAAGGAGAGGAACGAGGGAGGGAUGGAGGGAGGAGAGAAGAGAGAGGGAGGGAGGGAGGGCCCUCUGGCCCUCCACAGACUCUGAAGACUUUGUGAGAAAUAAUAAUUAAUAAAAUCAAAUAUUGAUAUUAGUGAUGAUGAAGGUGAUGAUAAGAAUAGCAAUUACUGGAGGUUCCAAUGAGAUGUGUUUGGCUUCCCACCACGUGAUUGGAGGAGAGCCGCAGCUCCAGCUGUCACAUGCUCCAUCUCUGCCCUCUGAUUGGCCAGCGAUCUGCGAGGCGGCUCCCCAUUGGCUGUUCCAUCCUGUUUGAAGGGAGCGAAGUGGUGGGGGAGGGGCCUCAGAGAGCUCCCCUCGUGAAUUCAACUGAACUUCACUAAACACACACACACACUCACUCUCUCUCACCCAACCCCCCCCCCCCCCCACACACACAUACACUCUCUUUCACCCACACACACACACACACACUCACUCUCUCUCACACACACACACACUCCAUCUUCAUGGCAGAAAGCUCUUAGGUAACCAGGCCUUUGGUCCUCACCUCACCAGCCUCUCAUGACCUUUUGAACCCUGGACACACACACACACACACACACAUAUGGUCAGUGUGUGACGUGGCUUUUUAGACCCUGGACACACACACACACACACACACACACAUAGGAGCAAUGCGUGUGAGGCGGUGCUCUUUGGACCUUGGUGGGCUGCUUACAGGCAUGUGAACACACAUACACACACACACACAGAGUACACACACACACACAUAUUAUACUUGCUCACAAACACGGUCACACUGACCAGGGCUGCAGUACCAACUACAGACAACGGAGGGCGCCAGAGGGACUGAUCCCAGUAACUGAGCAACGCAUCAGCAACGCAUCAGCCUUCCAGCGCAUCGACAACGGUCUCACUUUCACACACACGCACGCCUUUACACACACAGACACACACAGACACACACACACACACACACACACACACACACACACACACACACACACACCCUACCCCGGACCCUGACCUGAGGCGAGAGUGUAAUAGUCCCUCUGUUCUCCUGUCAACUCCUGCAUUACUGCAACACUAAAGUCCUUCAGUGUGUGUGUGAGAGUCUGUGUGUGUGUGUGUGUGUGUGUGUGUGUGUGUGUGUGUGUGUGUGCGUGCGUGUGUACGUGUGUGUGCGUGUGUAUGUGUGCGAGUGUGUGUGUGUGUGUGUACGUGUGUGCGUGUGCGUGUGCGUGUGCGUGUGCGCAAUACAAGGAGCAACAUCAUCUGGACUGCAAUUCCUUAUAGACAAACAGUUGAGAUCUUUAUUUUUAUUAAUUACUUUGUACUGUAUGUAUUCUUUCUGUAAUGGUCUGAUUAUUAUGUAUGGGACACAGAUGCACACACACACUCACUCACACACACACACACGCACAGAGACACACACACACACACUCGCAGAGACACACACAUAUACACACUCAC